AUUUUGUGAAAAAUCAAGAGAAAACGUAGGUGUUUGAAGAAAAAAAGGCUAAUAGGUGUUUUUAAAUUUUUUGGUAGACAAAAUCAAUUUUUUCAAAUAUAAAAAAAAAUAUUUGUAAAUAUUUUCAUAAUUGCACUGCCCAUAUUUUCGCAAAUCUGUUUAUGAUUAUUCGUAGAAUACACAUUCUACUAUAUGUACAAACAAGAGAACAUGUUUGAUAUCUAUUUCUACAGAUAUUAGAUUUUUGAGUCGUUUGUAGAUUUUUUAUUCUACAAAAUUUAAAGUGAUAGGUUAACCGAAAAUGUGCAUUCCAAAAAUAUUUAGAUAAUUGUAUUUAUGUGGAUUACUUAUUCUAAUCGAAGUAUAUUCACUAACAAAAUGUGGAUUUCGAUUUACACUAGGCCAUGUUUUGAAGAAAAUUAAAAUCUGCAUGUUUUAGAACAAAAUCUGAAAAUUUUAUUUAAACAUUUUUAGAACCCAAAAAUAUACCACAACAUUGAUAUAUUUAUUUUUCAAUAUUCCUAUUUUCAUAUUUUUGGUUUGUUAAACUAUUUGUUUUGAUAAAUCUAAAAGUAUGUUUUGAGCAACAAAUCUAAAAGUAUGUUUUGAGCAACAAAUCUAAAAGUAUUAAAGAGCAAAAAUGGUAUAAAAAAGAUUUUAUCUCAUAAAAACAAGGUAUAUCUUUUACCUCUCUCUUAUGCUGUCCGAAUCCGACAAGGUAAUAGACAGUUGUAAGAAAGAGAGAGAAGAACGAUCCAAGACAUGGAUCAUGAUCCUUCAAACGCGAAACCAAACCAACACCCACCUCUAACCAACCCAUCUCCGACGUCGUUUCGAGGCCCCAACCAUCGGCGAGCCCACUCCGAAGUUCAAUUCCGUGUCCCUGAAGAUCUAGACCUCUCCGAAACGUUCAGCGGGUUCGACGACCUUGGAUCCGAAGAUGACCUCUUCUGGUCCUUCAUGGACAUUGAGAAUCUCGGAUCCGGACCGGGUCAUAAUAACCCGUUUCCCGCUGAGAAUGGUGGAGGUGGAGGGAGAGAGGAGGAAGGUGGGAGCUCGAGGCCUAGACAUAUGCAUAGUGUCUCCGUUGAUGGGUCUUCGAGUUUGGAGUCGAUAGAGGCUAAGAAAGCCAUGACUCCUGAGAAACUCGCUGAGCUUUGGGUUGUUAAUCCCAAGAGAGCUAAAAGGAUAAUGUCUAACCGACAAUCUGCAGCUCGUUCAAAAGAGAGAAAGGCUCGGUAUAUAAUGCAGCUCGAGAGGAGAGUCCAGACCUUGCAAGCUGAAUAUGCUACCCGUUCUGCACACCUGUCUUUGAUCAAUACAGACAUAGAUGGAUUGUUAUCUGAGAACACAGAGCUCAAGCUUCGCAUACAGGCCGUGGAACAAAAGGCCAAGUUGCGUGAUGCGCUGAACGACAAAAUGAAAAAGGAGGCCGAGAGGCUGAGGUUCGCAGCAGCGGGACAAGUCUCACACUCUGAUGCUUAUAACCUCCAAAUGGCUCGCAUGCAAUACUCUCAACAGCAAGCAUUCUUUCAACAACAAGCUGAUGCUCAGAACAUGCAACAAAUGACUCCUCAGUUUCAUCUCUUCCAGCCAAACAACAACAACAACAACCACCAAAACCCUCAGCUUAUGCAUCAUGCUCCUUCCAACGCCUCUGGUCAAUCUCAUUCCUAUUCGGAGGAAGUGCAUGAAGACCAUCUUGGCAGCUUACAGGGGCUUGACAUUAGCAAUGGCUCAAUCUUUGGUAGGUCUAGUGAAAGCAGCAGCAGCACCAUGUGAGAGAGGCUGCCUUUUCUCGAUAAACCUUUUCUUUUUCUUCUCAAUUGAUACCUCAUUUAGAUAAACAAAAAGUAACAUCUCUGUCUAAUACAUUCAUUAUUCUGUAAAACUGGUUUCUCUUUUUGGGGGCGUUUUGGGGUUUCAACUUGUCUCAUUACUCUGUUUCCUGGUUCAUGGGGGAGCUACCAAAGCCUUAUGUUCUUUUCCAACUGCAACCAUCCUUGUAAAAUGGUGGUUGUGUUUGGAUUUGGCUUUGCCUUAAACCUGAAAAGAAAUUGUUUUUAUUUUACAUCA